CGUCCACAGUGUUCAUUACAUAAACAAUGGCUGAGCCGCACAGACGGCGACAUGAGCUCGGAGACAGAAAGCCGUCACCUGCACGACCAUCCUCCGCAACAAACACAGCCACUUCCGGUGACAGCUACUCGGUGUAUCUGAGGCUGUUGGCUGCGGGGUUUUACGGAGUCAGCUCAUUCCUCAUCGUUAUUGUCAACAAAAGCGUCCUCACCAGCUACAGAUUUCCAUCGUCAACAUGUGUCGGACUCGGCCAGAUGUUGGCUACAGUCGUAGUUCUGAGGAUCGGGAAGGCGCUUGGCAUUAUCUCCUUUCCAGAUACGGAUCUGAGUAUACCUCGCAAGAUGUUUCCACUGCCUCUACUGUAUGUCGGGAAUCAGAUAUCAGGGCUGUUUGGGACACAACGACUCAAUCUACCCAUGUUUACAGUUUUGAGGAGGUUCAGUAUUUUCCUCACCAUGGUGUUUGAGGGACUCCUGCUGAAGAAAACGUUCUCUACGUCAAUCAAGAUUACAGUGUUUACCAUGAUAUUCGGGGCUUUUAUUGCUGCAAGCGCCGAUUUAGCUUUCGACAUUGAAGGAUACAUGUGCAUAAUGCUGAACAAUGCUCUGACAGCGGCCAGUGGGGUGUAUACGAAGCAGAAACUUGAUUCCAAGGAGCUCGGCAAAUAUGGGCUUUUGUACUACAACGCUUUAAUCAUGAUAUUCCCCACUGCGGCAUACGCUUACUUCUCAGGGGACCUGCAAGUGGGCUUGGAGUUUGAUGGAUGGUCUGAUCAGCUGUUUGUGAUGCAGUUUGUACUCUCCUGCAUCAUGGGCUUCAUUUUAAUGUACUCCAUCAUGCUGUGCACGCAGUACAACUCAGCACUCACCACCUCCAUCGUGGGCUGUAUUAAGAAUAUCCUUGUGACGUAUCUUGGGAUGGUGUUCGGAGGAGACUACAUAUUCAGCUGGACUAACUUCCUAGGUUUGAACAUCAGCAUCGCAGGCAGCCUGGUGUACUCCUACAUCACUUUCACACAGGAGCAAACAAAAAAGGCGUAAUCCCCCGAGUCUCGACCCGACCAGAAGAACCACGUCCAGAAAACAGAAAUAUAUAUUUUCUGUUUUGUAACCAUGCUGUCCAAAUAUUUCACAAACAUUUAUAAAGUAUUCUGUUAGCAUACAUUUUUAAAUAAUGUUAUCUAAUUGUACUUUAUUUUUUAAUUAAGACCAAGUGCCUUCAAUUGUUUUUAUAAUUAUAUUUUGUGAUUUAUGAGCAUUUUUAUAUUUGACAAAUAAACUUAAAGAAUAUAUUUGAGUUUUUUUUAAUGCCAUUCCAUUUCAAUACUCACUUUUGAGUUAUUGGCCACCCUUGUCAUUUCCUUUUCUUUAUACUGGCUUUAAUUUGGCCUUUCUGAACGUGAGAUUACAUUCCUAGGUUGAAAUGAGGGGGGGCUCGAUGGUGUUAUUUUCCAAUCCUACUUUUGUUGCUGGGACAAAACACUGUGAAUGAAAACAUACAGACAGCUUCUUAACGCUUUUAUGACAUACUAAACUAUGAUUUUUUAUGACAAUUUUUGACAUAAUAUAUAACUACUUUUCAAUAUUUUUUGAAAUACUAUACUAGGAUUUUAUUUCCAUAUUUUUUAAAUACUAUACUAUGACUUUAAAAAAUAUAUUUUUAGAAAUACUUUACGAUUACAUUUUCGACAUUCUUUUCAAUUACGUUUUGACCACUAUAUUAUAAUUAUGAUGAUGAGUUUUUAUGACCUACUACAUACUCUGACUUUCCUAUGACCUCAUGACAUAUGUUCUGUCUUAGCUGCUCUGCUGUUCUGUAUGACAUAUUCUGCAGGGGACCUGGAAGUGCUCCCUCCAUCCUUUCUUGAUUACUUGGCACCUGUUGGCCAGCUGUCAGGCUCCGCCCACUUCCUCUGUCUCUCCCAGGCAGCAUUGUAAUCAGCCAUCACUUCCUGUUCCUAACCUUUGCUUGACUUUAUGAAAUAAACUUUGUUUUGCACAUUAUA